GUCCUCCGUUAUUCCGUUAUGGACUAGAGCCCUCAUAUCCACUCCGCCUACACAAACCGGGGCAAAAAAAAAAAAAACGGUGCGGAGCCUUGCUGCAUCCGAAAAAAAAAGGAACAAAAGGGUAAUUCCCAAUCGCCGAACGAUGAUAAACGUCGUCUCGGAUGCACCCUCGGUGUGAAAACUCAGCAGGAGUGUAAGCUAAUAUCUCAGCUCGGCUAAAACAAGCGAGAAGAUGGCGAACGAUUCUCCAGCUAAAAGUCUGGUGGAUAUAGACCUCGCCUCUCUGCGGGACCCCGCUGGGAUUUUUGAGCUGGUCGAGGUGGUGGGCAAUGGCACAUAUGGACAAGUCUACAAGGGUCGACAUGUCAAAACCGGACAGCUGGCGGCCAUCAAGGUCAUGGACGUCACAGAGGAUGAAGAGGAAGAAAUCAAGUUGGAGAUUAACAUGCUGAAGAAAUAUUCUCACCAUCGCAACAUCGCCACCUACUAUGGAGCUUUUAUCAAGAAAAGCCCACCAGGACACGAUGACCAGCUCUGGUUGGUGAUGGAGUUCUGUGGUGCUGGUUCCAUCACAGACCUGGUGAAGAACACUAAAGGAAACUGGCUGAAGGAAGACUGGAUCGCAUACAUCUCCAGAGAAAUCCUCAGGGGCCUAGCUCAUCUACACGCCCAUCAUGUCAUUCACAGAGAUAUUAAAGGGCAGAACGUACUGCUGACCGAAAAUGCAGAGGUCAAACUGGUGGACUUUGGUGUGAGCGCUCAGCUGGACCGCACCGUGGGCCGCAGGAACACCUUCAUCGGCACGCCAUACUGGAUGGCACCCGAGGUCAUCGCCUGUGACGAAAACCCAGAUGCUACCUAUGACUACCGGAGUGAUUUGUGGUCUUGUGGAAUCACGGCUAUAGAGAUGGCUGAAGGAGCACCACCGCUGUGUGACAUGCAUCCCAUGCGAGCGCUCUUCCUCAUUCCCAGAAACCCUCCACCUAGGCUCAAGUCCAAGAAAUGGUCCAAGAAAUUCUUCAACUUUAUCGAAAGCUGCCUGGUGAAGAACUACACUCAGAGGCCGACCACGGAGCAGCUGCUGAAACACCCAUUUAUCCGAGACCAGCCGAACGAGAGACAAGUGCGCAUCCAGCUGAAAGAUCACAUCGACCGCACCCGCAAGAAGAGAGGAGAGAAAGAUGAGACUGAGUAUGAAUACAGCGGCAGUGAGGAAGAGGAGGAGGAAGCUCCAGAGCAGGAGGGAGAACCAAGCUCCAUUGUGAACGUGCCGGGUGAGUCGACUCUGCGGCGAGACUUUAUCCGUCUUCAGCAGGAGAAUAAGGAGCGCUCGGAGGCACUGAGGAGGCAGCAGCUCCUGCAGGAACAGCAGCUUCGUGAACAGGAGGAGUACAAACGCCAACUGCUGGCUGAGCGACAGAAACGUAUCGAGCAGCAGAAGGAGCAACGGAGGAGGCUUGAGGAGCAACAACGGCGUGAGCGAGAGAUGAGGAGGCAGCAGGAGAGAGAGCAGCGGAGGCGGGAGCAGGAAGAAAAGAGACGCCUGGAGGAGAUCGAACGCAGACGCAAGGAAGAGGAGGAGCGCAGGAGAGCCGAGGAAGAGAAAAGGAGAGCAGACCGUGAACAGGAGUACAUCAGGCGGCAGCUGGAAGAGGAACAGAGACAUCUGGAAAUUCUCCAGCAGCAGCUUCUGCAUGAACAGGCCAUGCUACUGGAGUUUAAGUGGAGGGAGCUGGAGGAGCAGAGACAGGCCGAGAGACUCCAGAGACAGUUACAGCAGGAGCAGGCGUACCUCCUCUCACUCCAGCAGGCCAAAAAUCUCCAACAGCAGCAGCCUCAAGCACAGGCCUCGACUGCAGACAAGAGCAGGAACCCUACACAGCCCCUGUCCUCAGCUCAAAGAAGCAAAAUUCCCCAACAGCAGCAGCCUUUGUCUGAAAAGAGCAGAAAAGCUCCAGUUGAGCAGCACCAGGACAAGAGCAAGAACCAGCCGCUGACUAGCCAUGAAAAGUCCAGAAUCCCGCAGUUGCAACAGUCAGCUGUCGAAAGGACCAAAACGCCGCCAUUACCCCAGGCAUCCACACCAGACAGGAGCAGGAUUCCCCAGCCUCAGCAGUGUGCACAGGAAAAAAAACAAAUCCCUCAGCCUCAGCAAGUGCCCUCAGAGAAGGAUCCUCCUCAAGACCAAACACGGAGGAGCUCGAUCCCCCAGGCUGUGCCGCCUGCCCAGGACCAGGGCCAGGCCAAUCAGACACCCCUAUCAGAUUCCCAGUGCCCUGCCCCUGACUCAGAGCCAAUCAGAGAGGCUGAUGAGCGACACCGCAGGAACGUGCAGGGCUCUCCGCAGGCCGCCGGGGCUCAGAAGCAGCCUCCCGCCGUCCCGCCCCGUGCCGAAACCUAUUCCAACGGCAGCGCCUCGGAGUCGGCCCAGCCUGCCAUGCACCGCCCCGUGGAACCUCAGGUGCAGUGGUCCCAGGUAGCCGCUCUAAAGAGCGGCUCAGCCGCUCCACCCUCCAUCUCCCACUCGCACUCGUUCAGCGAGUCCGCUCCCUCACUCGGUCACGUUCACGCCCAGCAGCACCCACCAUGCCCUGAGCCGCCGCCCCACUCGCACGAGGAGCCUCCACGGGUUCCGGUAAGAACAACCUCCAGGUCACCAGUACUCUCUCGCCGUGACGCCCCUCACCAAGGCGGCACACCACAGAGCAACCUGCCAGCUCAGAGGAAUAUCGGAAGUAACGCUGAUCCGCGACUGCUCUGGGAGCGGGUAGAGAGGAUGGCACCCAGGCCCAGCAGCAGCAGCUCAUCAGGGUCUAGUUCCACAUCCAGCAACUCUAACACUGGGUCAGGAGAGAGGUUCAGACCACGCACCUCGUCUAAGUCUGAGGGCUCUCAGCAGUGGCCGGAGCAGGCAGCCAAAAAAGCAGAGGAGAAGAAGGACAUAGCUCGACCUGGGCGUCCGGUGGAUUUGACCGCACUGGCCAAAGAGCUGCGUGCUGUGGAGGAUGUUAGGCCACCUCACAAGGUCACCGAUUACUCUUCCUCUAGCGAUGACUCGGGAACCACCGAUGACGAGGAUGACGAAGAGGUAGAUCAGGAAGGAGGAGAGGAGUCCACCUCAGGCCCCGAGGACUCGCGUGGAGGCUCGUCCAGACUAAGCAAUGGUGAGACAGAGUCCGUGAAGACGAUGGUUGUCCAUGAAGACGGUGAUGAUGCCUCCUCCACCCCGUGCAAAGACAGCACUCUAGUUGUGCGACAGAGUGCAGGUGAUGUAAAAACGCACCCAGUGCCUACAACGGCCGCAAGCUUUAGCGACCGGAACGAUCGGAACGGCUAUUCGGGCCGAAUUCACCUCUUGCCCGACCUGCUCCAGCAGAGUCAGCCCUCGCCCCCUUCUUCUUGCCCUUCCACCCCCUCCUCCACAUCUUCAUGCCACAGCAGUCCUGCCCUCUCCCCUCUUGCUACCCCGGACAGACUGCCCUGCCCUAUGGAGUCACAGUCCGCCACAAUGCAGAAGCACAAGUCCUCCUCCUCCUUCACUCCUUUCAUCGACCCACGCCUGCUCCAGAUCUCUCCAUCCACAGGCAGCGCUCUCAACAACGUGGGUUACAGCAAUGAUGCUAGGCUGCAGGAGGCGCUGAGGCAGGAUGCAUCACGCAAGGGCUCCGUGGUGAACGUAAACCCGGUCAACACCCGGCCUCAGAGUGACACGCCGGAGAUCCGCAAGUACAAGAAGAGAUUCAACUCCGAGAUCCUGUGUGCCGCUCUGUGGGGUGUGAAUCUGCUGGUCGGGACAGAGAGUGGUCUGAUGCUGCUUGAUCGUAGUGGUCAAGGGAAGGUCUAUCCCCUAAUCAACCGUAGGCGCUUUCAGCAAAUGGAUGUCCUGGAGGGCUUAAAUGUACUGGUGACUAUAUCAGGGAAAAAGAACAAGUUGCGGGUGUACUACCUGUCCUGGCUGAGGAACAAGAUUCUCCACAAUGAUCCAGAGGUGGAGAAGAAACAGGGAUGGACCACUGUGGGGGAUCUGGAGGGGUGUGUCCACUACAAAGUUGUGAAAUAUGAGAGGAUCAAGUUCCUGGUCCUUGCACUGAAGAACUCUGUGGAGGUGUACGCCUGGGCUCCAAAGCCCUACCACAAAUUUAUGGCUUUCAAGUCAUUUGGUGAUCUGGUACACAAGCCCCUGCUGGUGGACCUGACCGUAGAGGAAGGUCAGAGGUUGAAGGUCAUCUACGGGUCCUGCUCGGGGUUCCAUGCUGUGGACGUGGACUCAGGAGCCGUGUAUGACAUCUACCUGCCCACUCAUAUCCAGACCAGUAUUCAGUCGCAUGCCAUAAUCAUUCUGCCGAACACCGACGGCAUCGAGCUGCUCGUGUGCUACGAGGACGAGGGCGUGUACGUCAACACCUAUGGCCGCAUCACGAAAGACGUGGUGUUACAGUGGGGGGAGAUGCCUACCUCUGUGGCAUACAUUCGCUCCAACCAGAUCAUGGGCUGGGGAGAGAAGGCCAUUGAGAUACGCUCUGUAGAAACCGGCCACCUGGAUGGAGUGUUCAUGCAUAAGAGAGCUCAGAGGCUGAAGUUCCUUUGUGAACGCAAUGACAAGGUAUUCUUUGCCUCAGUGCGUUCUGGAGGAUCAAGCCAAGUCUACUUCAUGACCCUAGGACGCACAUCCUUACUCAGCUGGUAAACACUCCCACUCCACCUGGAAUGACGAAUCCUUUUCACAUGACGACAGCGUCGGGAAAACCUCCAACCACCAACCAAGAUCCUCAGUGUGAUGAGCAGAAACCACAUCAAGUUAAACGACUCGCCUGCUGUCGGAAACCAGACUGAGAAGCUGUAUAGAAAUUUCACUUUAGAUGGGGGGAAAAAAAAAAAAAAUCAAGCGUGUAUACGAGAGAAGGUCUUGGGCAAGAGUCUUGAUCUUACAGUAUUAUUGCUAGCCUGUGUAAAUGUUUUCUUUCUGUAGAAAUCCCAGAUUGACCAAGCGCUAGAGUGUGGGCGGACGCCAGAAAUCUGCUAGGGAAUACGUGAGAGUUUCAGGACGGAAGGUAUACGUGUGUGUUUGUGUGUGUGUGUGUGUGUGUGUGCGUGUGGUUUAAGUAGGUCCCGGGAAAGUGAAGUGUAUUUACAUUAUGGACAAGUAUGUGUGUGAUGCGUCUAGGAUGGAGAUGGACCAUGAAAGAGUAUUUUAAUGCUAUUAUUAUUAGUACCAUUAUUAUUAUUAUUAUUAUUAUUAUUGUUAUUCACUAAGUAUGUGGAUUCUCGUAAUCUUUUACCUGUGAUUUUAAGGCUCGCACGUUCUCACUGUUCCCAGUUUUAUAUUUAUAUAUAUAUAUAUAUAUAUAUAUAUAUAUAUAUAUAUAUAUAUAUAUAUAUAUAUAAUUUCACUGAAGCCUAAGAUGCCACUGUAAUAUUUAUAAAAGGCCGAGAGAGCAAAAAGCAUGGACUUUCGCAUUUGAAUUAGCGUGGCCCCGCCCUUUCCCUCUCACCUGGCAGGUGAACCUUGGAUCUCUGGCUCUUUCUGGCCUCUAGUUAGAAUUUAAUUGGCUGUGUCUGAAAUAAUGUACCUGCUGUGAAUACGUGAUACGAAAUCAAAAGGAAGUAGAGAGGUGGCACCUCAGCGGUUUGUGUUGGGUAAACGAAACUUUCUUGUGAUGCGGAACACCUCCGACGCUGUAAGGGUUCUACUCUUUGAUAAGUAGGAUGACAUUUCCUACCCCCCCUCCCCUCCCCAGUGCCCAAACGUUUGGUUUUUUUUUAGGAUUUUUCCAGAUAUAUCCGAUGCACUAAGUGGGAAUGUAGUGUGAAAAUACUGUUCUUGUGCUUAAAGUUGAAAGGCAUGACUCCACGCUGUUUUAGUUUCUUCUUUUUCACCGUGUUUAACAGAGUAACAAUAACAAACUGAGCCUGUCUGAGUCUAUUGUGCGUGACUUUGGAGUUGUUCGCCGUCGUACGCGGUCCAUUACGUUGGCCAUCGUCUCUUCACGACAUCGAGCGUGUUCCGUUUCUAUUCAAUCUAAACUGUAAGGGUUUUCUUUUAAACUUUACCUCCUCAGUGUUACACGCAAUCAGCAUGAUCUGUAGGAUUUUCUCCGCCUGCGCCAUGAGUUCCUGGCAGAUGACCUGCCGCUUGUUGAUAUCAAAUGUGUUCCUUUAGAGCAUUAAACACACACACACACACACAGAUUUGUUUUCCUGCAGGUAUCUCGGCUGUAGGGCUCUGUGUUUAUGUGACUCUGAGGAGAGUAAUAGUUCAGUAUCUCUCAAUACACACACACACACAUUCAUUCAUUGCUCUUUUCUCUGUAGGCCUCUUUCAUGUCAGCCUUUUUUACAUGUAAGGCUUUAUAUUUUGUCAGUUCUUAAAAACACUGUCUUUACACAACACAGCUGCUGUCCGUGUGUGUGACAAACACUAGUGUCUCGUCUCUACAGCGCUCUUCCUUAACUGACCUUCAGCUUCAGAGAGACACAUGAGUUCAGCAGAUCUUGCAGCUAGAUGUGUGUGUGUGUGUGUGCGCUCAUGCAGUUUACUGAAGGUGAGCACUGUGGGUUUUCCUUGGGUCCAUCAUCACAACCAUUUUUUCAUAUUUACCUCGUCUUUUCCCUCCAGUUUUACAUUUACACACACACACACACACACACACCAUUAACCACCAUAUGUUUCGUUAGGUGCUUUUAUUUAAUCGUUUGUAUAAUUUUAUUUAAUGCUAAUAAGUAUUAAUUAUUGUUGAAGUUGUUUGGAUUUCCUUUCAGCGACAUGGCCGAACAUUACCGCUUGUGUUGUUUGCGUAAGAAAAUAAAAUCAAUUGUGCUGUAAUGACAAAAUGGAGAUACUUUAAGAACUGAUGUUAAGGAACCACUACAUGAAAUGCAAACAUUACCUGUUCUUGUUUUCUGUUUUUAAAGAGCUUCGAGUGCUCCACUUCGAGAUAUAGUUCAGCAGGUUAACUCUAGAGAUUCUCUUUCACUUUCUUUUCAGCCGCUCAGCGAUCCUAGUGCAGUCGUAAUGUAGUGCUCACUUAAUAUAAUCUUCACCUGUUGAGGAAAAUGUUUACAGAGGCAAACAUUGAGCUACACUAAUGUUCAUUUUAUUUAUGUUUUCUCUUACAGAACUCUUAGCUUUUUUUUUUUGUAUUGACUUUUUUUUGUCAGUAUUUCUCUUCUCAGUUGUGUAAGGCUAAUAACUCAGACAGAUAUGAAUAACGCCGUCCCGGCUGAUCUGGACGUCUGUGUUUCAGUCGUGGCACUGUAUUGUUCGUCCUCUCUGUGUGUGGCAGGAAGUCCUGUAUUUUCCUGAUGGUCCUUUGUUUUUUCUUUGAAAAUAAACUCCUAAGGUAAUUUAA